UAUUGAUAAUUUAUUGGAGAUCUCCGUGCUUUGGAAGGGUUGAGUUUCUUCAUUUUGAAUUUCGGAUUAGUAUGUGAUCAAAUUGAUAACAAGCUUGAGAAUGAGCUCCUAGGGUUAUUCUAUUUUAGGGUUGAAACUUGAGUUUGUAACUCCCUUGAGUUUUUCAAUCCCAAUGUAUGGAGCUGCUGUAAAAUUUAUAUUUUCACCUUGACACACUAGUAAAAUUAGUUUUUUUUUUAAUUUUUUUAUAAAUAGUAUUGAUGUUAUUGAACUACACUUAGAGUAGUUAUAGACACCUGUUCUCUACCUUGAUUUUUUGGCAAAAUUAGGGGCUGUGAAGCCUAAGUUUUGUACAGUGAUCGUGCGAAUGUUUCUAUAUUGUUUUUGUGAAUCUUGGUUCUUGCAUUAAAACAGGGUGCAUUAUUCUGAAGAUACUUGAAAGUUUGGGAAUUUCAAGUUAUAGAAAAGAGAAUAUAAACUUAUGGACCGACUCAAUGGUGCUGCCAAUCUAAUGAUAGUGUCAGAUCUUGAUUUUACAAUGGUAGACCAUGAUGAUCCAGAGAAUCUUGCUCUUCUCAGGUUCAAUGCUUUGUGGGAAGCUUAUUAUCGUCAUGAUUCUCUGCUAGUUUUCUCCACUGGGAGAUCCCCUACUAUUUAUGGAGAUUUAAGAAAACAGAAACCUUUGUUGACUCCUGAUAUCACUAUAAUGUCUGUGGGUACUGAGAUUACAUAUGGUGAAUCCAUGGUACCUGAUGAUGGUUGGAAACAGUAUCUGGAUCAUAAGUGGGACAGAGACGUGGUUUUGGAGGAAACAGCCAAGUUUCCUGAAUUAACUAUGCAAUCAGAAACAGAACAACGGCCUCACAAGGUCAGCUUUUAUUUGGAAAAAGGGAAGGCCCCAAAUGUUGUCAAAGCUCUCUCAAAAUGUCUGGAGAAACGUGGGUUAGAUGUGAAAAUAAUUUAUAGCAAUGGUAUUGCUUUGGAUGUAUUACCCCAAGCUGCUGGAAAAGGAAGGGCACUUGCUUUCGUACUUGAAAAACUAAAUGCUGGUGGACUUGGACCACGCAACACUCUUGUUUGUGGUGAUUCUGGAAAUGAUGCUGAACUGUUUACUGUGCCUGCAGUUAAUGGGGUCUUGGUCAGCAAUGCACAGGAAGAAUUGCUUCAUUGGUAUACAGAAAAUGCAAGGAGCAAUCCCCAAAUAGUUCAUGCAACUGAAAGAUGUGCAGCUGGCAUUAUGCAAGCCAUCGGUGACUUCUCUCUUGGUCCGAAUGUGUCUCCAAGAGAUAUUGGAGAUUGCAUGUCCAGCGGGAAAGUUCUUGGUCCUAGCCAUGAAGUAGUGAUGUUCUACAUAUUUUAUGAGAGAUGGAGGUGUGGUGAAGUUGAGAAUCCUAAGCAGUAUAUGCACAAUUUGAAAUCAGUCUUUCAUUCUACAGGAAAUUGUGUCCAUCCUUCAGGAGUUGACCAAUCUAUGCACCAUGUUAUAGAUACCUUUGAAAAGGCUUUUGGUGACAAGAAGGACCAAUACUAUCGAGUGUGGGUUGACAGUUUAUCUUUUGCAGAGGUUAGUUUGGGUUCGUGGCUGGUCAAAUUUGACAAGUGGGAGAUAUCUGGUGAGAUUUUUCUUAACUUUAAGUCAUUAGUCUUAAGUUCUAUUCUUCAAUUGGCAUCUUUAUAUUUAAUUCAUUAGUCUUGAGUUCUUUUC